AAAUAUACUAAGCAUUUGACCCAAAAAAAAGAGAAAAAUAUACUAAGCAAUGGAAACCGUUUUUCCCUCUCUUCUCAUAUUGUUAUCAUUUGUAGCCAUCUCUCAUACCCAGCCUCUUCUGGCCGCUUCUUUUCCGAUUUCUCCUAACUUUGCAGCAGUUUUCAACUUUGGAGACUCUAACUCCGACACCGGAGAGAUCACCUCUGGUCUUGGUUUUCGUUUCCUACCUCCUAAUGGAGAAUCCUUCGUCUUUAAACCUCCAUCUACCGGAAGAGCCUGUGAUGGACGUCUCAUCGUCGAUAUUCUAAUGGAAGCAAUUGGUCGACCAUACUUGAGACCUUAUUUGGAUUCUGUUAGCACACAAAGCUAUCUGAGAGGCUGUAACUUUGCUGCUGCUGGAUCAACCAUUCAGAAGGCAACUGCUGCAUCCUAUAGCCCUUUUAGUUUUGCUGUUCAAGUCUCUCAAUUCGUCACCUUCAAAUACAAAGUUCUUCAAUUAAUACAACAAGAUAAAACUCUCGAAAACUUACCCUCGGAAGAUCAUUUCAAAAAUGGAUUGUAUAUGUUUGAUAUCGGACAAAAUGAUAUAGCCGGUGCAAUGUACGGCAAGACAGUAGAUCAAGCUGCUGCUGUUAUUCCUACAAUCAUAAAUACAUUUAAAGAUGGAAUAAAUAGACUAUAUUGGGAAGGUGGCGCGAGAAACUUUUGGAUACACAACACAGGACCAAUUGGGUGUUUAGCUCAGAUGGUGUCAUUAUUUGGGAAAGAGAAAUCACAAGUUGAUAAGUUUGGUUGUGUAAUUGGCCAUAACGAAGCUGCUAAGCUCUUCAAUUCACAGCUUCAGGGUCUUGUCACAAAUUUCACUCAACAAUAUACUGAUGCUAAUUUCACAUACGUAGAUAUCUUCUCCAUCAAAUCCGACCUUAUCCAGAAUCAUUCGACGUAUGGUUUUGAUCAGUCCAUAAUGGCAUGUUGUGGAACCGGAGGACCGCCACUGAACUACAAUGAUCAGGUUGGCUGCGGUUGGACAGGGACAUCUCCAAAUGGUACGACAAUAACAACCAAAUCAUGUAAUGCUAGUUCCAAAUAUGUUAACUGGGAUGGAAUUCACUAUACCGAAGCUGCAAACCGGUUCGUUUCACAGAAAAUUCUCUCCGGUAAAUAUUCCCAGACGGCGUCGUCUUGAAAAUCAGAACCCCUAGAGGGGUCUUUUUUUUGUUUCAAGUGUGUGAUAAAACAGAGCAUUCCUUUAUAACUCUCCGUUCACAAUAUAAUAAAAUGCUCUGAUUCAAUAA